ACCGUCCACACGGACCUUUUCCUCCUGUCCUCCCUCUUGCCCGCCUUCCCUUUUCUGUUCCUGCUCCGUCGUCAUUGGCUCCCUGCAUCACACUCCCUGAUGCCCUUUUUGCACUGCACAGUCCUCCCACAACUCAACCGACCCGAUCCAUUGCACGCUUUGUGGAACACGCUCUUGCUCUCUUCUGCCCUAGAUCCUCCGUCUGUGGCCUCAUUCUACCGUUCAGCAGCGCUGAGCAGCAAGAAAGAUGAAGAACCGCCGCAGUUCCAAGAAAAAGGGAGGGAAGAAGAACAUCAAGAAGAGUCCAACACAGAAUCUAAAACAGAACCACGGCGCUGUUGCGGCAACUUCCCCUCCCUUGACCUGUGAUUUCAAUGCGGCCAUCAAUAAUGAACACUCUUGUCGUCAUGGAGGGACGAAAUUUGAUAACGUCUCUACGAAGAUAUGUCUCAAGUAUCUAUCGUAUGACGGCGAAUGGGAUUGGGAAGAUUUGUCUCGAGCCAUCGUCGAAGCGAAUCCAGCCGAGGACUUUGUCGCUAAUCUGUAUGGGUUUGCAGCUUCCCAAUGCCAGAUCUGUGAACUUUAUACCGUUGAUCAGCAAUUGGCGUCUAUAGGGGCAGCCAGAUCCGGAUCCAAGACUGUAAGCCCCAAUUGUUUUACCAAGUUCGUGAAGGCAGCCAUUUUCUUUGAGAAAGGUCGCCCUUACAAUGCUGGACUUACAUCGCAAAAACAUUUUCUUGAACUCAUGGGUGAUGAGGUGGAAACGGAGAAAUAUCUCCGUAUGAAUUGGUGUUGCACCAAGCACUGUGGAAGCAUGCGCGAUGUGGUCCUGUAUAUAGACAAAAAAAUCCCCUGUGAUUGCUUGAAAGACAUGAAAAAGAAACUGCUUGAGGAACCAGAAGUCCGGCGAUGCUCCAAUUGUGGCAAGGGGGAAACAAAAACAAUGUGGUGCCCCAACUGCGAGUGUUCCGAGUACUGCUCCAAAGACUGUCAGCUGGCUCACUGGUCAAUCCACCAAUUUCACUGCCCAAUCUUCCAACGAAAACUUUCUAUUCUCGAUGCUGCCAAGGAAUCGGCCCAGGUUUGGUGCAAGAAGCGGGACACUUGAACAACUUUUAGAGUAGAGCUGCUUUCGGAGCUUUCUGGCCUGUGAUGAGUGCACCGCCAAUAAAAGCAGAGAGGCGGGGACUUGCAGCGAGUUGCUAUCAUGAAGGAGAACGACAGCUCAAAGCAUUCCAUGCUUUGUAUGCUCUUUGUACCCGCUCCCCAAAAUAGUAGGAAGCUUAUACGUUUAUCUAUUUUGUCACGGGCAAUGCUAUUGUAGUGUACAUGCAUACCAGUAGGGUAGGUGCUGUAUGUCUUUGACUAAACUCGAGUCGACUCAUCAAAGGUUACCUUUGACGUCUUUCUAGCUAGGACGUCUCCU